AUGCGUUUCUCAUUGGUUCUAGCUCUGGGCUUGCUCUGUUGUCUGGCUUUGAUUCAGCAGAGUGGUGCUGCGACAGGAACUGCCAACACAACAACAACAACCACCACUACAACAACCACAUCAUCAAGUGCCACAACAACCACAACUGCAGCAUCGACUAGUGAUACAACAACAACAGCAGCAUCCUCAACGGCAACAACAACCGAAUCAUCAUCCUCGUCCUCAUCAUCGGCGGCUGCCAAGCGUCGCGCUCGUCGUCGUCGUUUGGCUCGUGAGCGUCGUCGUCGUGAGCGCCGUCAAAGGCGUCUCAGACGUCGUCUGCAGCAGGAGAAGGCACGUUUGAAGGCCCAACGUCGUCGCAUCCAGCAAUUGGAAGGAUAA